AUGAGGAGACACACUCUCUUGUUGCUUUUCUUGAUACCAUUUUACUUAAUAAACUGUGGUGUCAACAUUUUUCCAGCAAAUGGUUAUUUUCUUGGCCAUCAGUGUUCUGUGUUGCUCCACUUAAAAACUAGCCUUAUAUUUAACCCUGCAGUAUCCAAAAAGCUUACUCUUUGGAACCAAAGUGAAGAUUGUUGUGAGUGGCAUGGAGUGACAUGCAACGAGGGUCGUGUUAUAGCCCUUGAUCUCAGUGAAGAGUCUAUCUCAGGAGGAUUUGUUAAUUCAAGCAUUCUUUUCAACCUUCAAUAUCUACAAAGCUUGAAUUUGGCUUUUAAUAACUUAAGUUCAGUGAUUCCUUCAGAACUGUACAAGUUAAGUGAUUUGAGGUAUUUGAACUUGUCUAAUGCUGGAUUUGAGGGGCAGAUUCCACAUGAGAUUUCUCAACUCAGAAGGUUAGUUACUCUUGAUUUUUCUUCCUCAUUUACCUCAAGCCACAGGCUAAAACUUGAGAAGCCAAAUCUAGAAAUGCUUUUACUACCAAACCUUACAAAUAUCACAGAAUUGUAUCUUGAUGGUGUAUCAAUAUCUGUCAAAGGUCAUGAAUGGUCCCAUGCUUUAUCUUCAUUGCACAAGCUACGUGUUUUGAGCAUGUCAUCAUGCAAUCUCUCUGGACCUAUUGAUUCAUCACUUUCUAAGCUUCAGUCACUCACUGUUCUAAACUUUAGCCACAAUAAUAUGUCAAGCACAGUGCCGGAAUCCUUUGCAAAAUUGUCUAAGUUAGUCAGAUUGCAGCUCAGAAAUUGUGUUUUGAAUGGCUCAUUUCCAAAAGAUAUCUUCCAAAUUCCAACUUUGGCAAUCCUUGACAUAUCAGACAAUGAAGGUCUUAGGGGUUCUUUACCAAACUUCCGAUCACGUGGUUCUCUUUAUGACAUGAAUCUUAGCAAUACAAAUUUCUCAGGAUUGCUUCCAUGUGAGAUUUCUAAUCUGAAGCAGUUGUCUAGAAUUGAUUUAUCUAACUGCCAAUUUAAUGGAACACUUCCAAGUUCAAUCUCUGAACUCACCCAACUUGUUUAUCUAGACAUGUCUUACAAUAACUUCACAGGUUCACUCCCUUCUUUUAAUAUGUCCAAGAAUCUCACAUAUUUAUCCCUCUAUCAUAAUCAUUUGACUGGUGUGUUAUCACCCAAUCAUUUUGAGGUUCAUAAAAAUCUUAUCAGCAUUGAUUUAGGAUUUAACUUUUUCAGUGGGAAACUCCCCUCAUCUCUUCUUAAACUCCCGUGUCUGAGAGAACUUAAAGUACCUUUUAAUCAAUUCAAUGGUUCCUUGGAUGAGUUUGUUGUGGCCUCCCCUUUGUUAGAGAUGUUUGAUUUAGGUAACAACAACUUUCAUGGUACAAUUCCUGUGUCUAUUUUUAACACUACAACACUUCGCCUCAUCCAACUGAAUGGAAAUAAGCUCAAUGGCACAAUACUAUUGGACAUGAUUCGAAAGCUUAGUAACUUAACUUCAUUAGGUCUCUCAGGUAACAAUUUGUCAGUUGAUAUAAACUAUAGGGAUGUUCAUGACCUCUCAAACUAUCCUAAUCUCAGAAUUCUGAUGUUGUCAUCUUGCAAGUUGCGAGGAAUCCCCAGUUUCUUAAGAAAUCAAUCCACACUACUACGUCUUGAUCUAGCUGACAACGAGAUCGAGGGCUCAAUACCACACUGGAUCUGGGAAAAUGAAUAUCUUGCUCACUUUAAUCUUUCCAAAAAUUUUCUGACAAGUUUUGAAGGAAGCUUCUGGAACCUUAGUUCAAACCUUUUGCUCUUGGAUCUUAGUUUCAAUCAACUACAAGGGUCUAUUCCUUUCAUUCCAACGUUAGUAAAUUGCUUGGACUACUCGAACAAUAGAUUCAACUCUGUUAUUCCACUGGACAUUGGAAAUCGUCUUCCUUUCAUAAAUUUGUUGUCUUUUUCAAACAACAGCUUUCAGGGACAAAUCCCUGAAUCCUUUUGCAAUGCUUCAAGUCUUCACCUGCUAGAUCUUUCCCACAAUAACUUUGUUGGGACGAUUCCCGAGUGUUUUGCUACGAUGAGUAGUCUAAGGGUGUUGAAUUUUGGUGCAAACAAACUCCGUGGCUAUAUUCCUAAUUCAGUGCCAACUUCAUGUAAUCUAAAGUUGUUGGAUCUAAAUGACAACCUUUUGGAGGGUAUCAUCCCAAAAUCUUUAACUAAUUGCCAAAAUCUGCAAGUCCUAAACCUUCAAAAAAACUCAUUAACUGACAGAUUUCCAUGCUUCUUAAGUAAUAUUUCCACCUUGAGAAUUAUGGAUUUAGGGUUAAACAAACUUCAUGGCUCAAUUGGAUGCCCAAGAAGCAGUGCUGAUUGGAAAAUGCUCCAUAUUGUUGAUCUAGCCUCCAAUAAUUUCAGUGGUGAAAUACCAGGAGCACUGCUAAACAGUUGGAAAGCAAUGAUGCGAGAUGAUAAUGGUGUGUCCGAAUUUGGCCACUUAUUUAUUGAUCUCUAUGAUCACUACGACCCCAAGAAUUUUCAGGAUUUAUUGUCAAGUGUGGACAAAUCUCUAUUAGCAAGAAUAGCUAAACUUUUUACAAACGCCUCUCGCUCUAUCCUUGACCAGUCAUCCACCGAAUCUUAUAAUGCAGUGGAUAUUUCUCGACUUCAGAAUUCCAUUACCAUUACCAACAAAGGUAAGCAAAUGGAGUUGGUCAGAAUCCAAAAGAUAUUCACGUACUUGGAUAUGUCGAGCAACAAUUUUGAGGGUCCAAUACCAAAGGAGCUAAUGCAGUUCAAGGCCUUGAAUGCUCUAAAUUUGUCAAAUAAUGCCCUCUCCGGUCACAUCCCAUCAUCUAUUGGAAAUUUGAAGAAUCUUGAGUCUUUAGAUUUGUCAGAAAAUUCUUUUGAUGGGCUAAUUCCUACAGAGCUUGCAAGUCUAUCUUUCCUUGCAUAUUUGAAUCUCUCAUUUAAUCAACUAGAGGGAGAAAUUCCAAAGGGUACACAAAUUCAAUCCUUCGAUGCAGAUUCCUUUGAAGGGAAUGAAGAGUUAUGUGGAGUUCCUCUGAUCCAUAGUUGCAGCAAUGAUGAAGGGACAUCACCUGAAACACCAAAUGCUCAUUCCCACAGUGAGAGUUCAAUUGAUUGGAAUAUUUUAAGUGCCGAGUUGGGAUGUAUUUUUGGCUUUGGAAUUUUCAUCCUCCCUCUUAUUUUCUCGAGGAGAUGGAAGUUAUGGUAUUCCGAACAUGUAGAUGAGAUGCUCCACAAGAUCAUUCCCCCACUUGAAUUUAUGUAUGAACACAGUGGAGGGAAUAGAUACAAAACUCUAAGGUGGAAGAACUGAAGGUAAGCCUUUACUCAUUUAGCUUCUGCAACAGGGAAAGCUUGUGCUUCUGUAUUUCACCCUUCAGCAAUAUUUAGUUUCACUCACUGUUGUUAGAAAUGAGGAUGC